GAAUCUCCUGUCAAACGCUUGGCAAUAACAUGCCAUUAGAAUAGUACACACAUUUUGGAAAUGGCCUGGUGAAAUUCGAAAUUUGUGCCAUGGCCCUAGUGCUUGUGGUCUGUGCGUAUCUAUUGAGCAGUGUGGCUGGCGUGGACAUCACCAUACAUCAUCAUAUCACCUGCAGUGCGUACGGGUACCACCUUCUUGAAGCGAAGUUCGGUCCGGAAGUGUAUCUGCUAUGUUUAAAGUUGAAGCCGAUUGGGUCGUCACCCUUAGCUUCACGUCACUCAGCCCUCUUCCUGGACCCCGAUGAUCACGAUGAGAAGAUCCAUACGCCCUUAAAGAGCAUCCCGUUGGCUGACAUCACCAUGGCGUACGGGUUUCCAGUAGAGGACCCUGCUUCUGGCACCGCUGAAGGAUACAUUGGAGAAGAUCAUCAGUUCUAUGGAGUUUUGCAUUUAGGUAACCGAACUCUCCACGCGGACCCAUACGGCAACGAUGACCCGACCAAAUAUUUCGGCGCCUUCGAAAACGACAAUAUGGCCGCGCCGCGGUUCCGACGCGCUCAUGCACAGUAUAACGUUCUAGAACGUGUUCCGUUCUUUCCCUACGGAAUAGAAGAACGAAAGAAAGUGCCAGGAGUAGCUCGAGCGAGGAUCUGUGAUCUUCUGCUCCUCGCUGACAAGGAGUUCUUCGAGAAGGAUGCCAACUCCAGCCUGAAUCAUGUAGUGCGAAGAAUGAUGCAUGCUGUUGCUCAAGCUGAUAUCAUAUUCAGAAAUGCUGAUUUCAAUGAGGAUGGGAUUCCUGAUAACAUUGGUUUUUCAGUGAAGUACAUAUUAGUGCUGACUUCAAAUGACACGAACACGCGAGUAUUCGGAGAUCUGCUGACAGACAAAGCGAUAGACGGCCGAGCCUACCUCAUGCGGUUCGCGAGGCUACGCCGACUCUCCGAAGUAUGCCUCGGUGUGGCGUUCUCUGGCCAUGCUUUCCAUAACAGGACUUUAGGCCUCAGCUUUACGUCCCUUGGGGGAGGUAUGGGAGGCGCAGCUGGUGGACUUUGUGACCGGCGCGCAUACGGGCGCUCCUUCAACACACUCGCUAUAGCCCACGCCACUACUGAGGCAAUGAGCAGGGUUCCUGAGAGAAUCGCUGCUCUCACGCUCGCUCACGAGAUGGGUCACAGUUUUGGCGCUCACCACGACGAUAAUUUCCCCAACCCUGAGUGUCGCGGGUACCUCAUGGGUUCCCAGUCCUCGACCGUGGUCAAUGGCUUAAACUUCGAGUUCUCGUUGUGCAGCAAACGACUGAUCGCUGCCACGUUAAGCAGCAUGAGCUAUUGUUUGAUGGAAGAGGAUCGACCGUAUUGUGGGAAUGGAAUAGUAGAAGAAGGCGAGUCGUGUGACUGUGGUCUACCAUCACAGUGCAUUCACAAAGACCCGUGCUGUACACCGCGAGGCGGUGGUGCUCUCGUCUUCGAAGAAGGGACGCUACACAAAGAUGGAUGCUCGGUAGCCCCAUCCGCCAUGUGCCACCCAUCCCAAGGACUAUGCUGUACCGCCAAAUGUCAACUUGCAGACCUCGUAAAAAGUGGUAUUGACUGCAGAGAUCAAGACAGGGAGUGUACAUGUGAGGUCCCCACGGCAAAGUGUCGGUGUGGUCUAAACGGGAGGUGCAUGCCUGACGGGUCCUGCCACGCGGUCGAGUGCGCCACGCUGGGGCUCAAGGAGUGCCAGUGUGUCAAGAAACCACGGACCGAAGGACUCUUACGGGGUUCAAUGUUGGGCGAGAUGAACAUGUGUGGAGUUUGCUGCGAGGUGCCGAUCACCGGCGGGCGGCCGCAGUGUGUGGGCGCUGAGGAGGCGGCGCGGGGCAGGGUGGCCUCUAACAUACCGCUACCGAAGAACUGGCCUGAUGAAGACUAUAGAGGACCGAAUGUAACAUUCCACCUAUGCGAAGACUACUCGUGCAACAGCACGUGGGUGCGCGCCUGGAACGCGGGCAGUGUGUGCGUCACGCAGAAUGUGGUCGGUAUAUGCUCGCCGCGCGGUCUGUGCAAGCUCGACUACAUCACGCCGCGGUCCAAUGUGUACCCGGAUAUCAUGAAUAUCCGCCUGACGGGAGCAAAGAACUGGUCAAGGAGUCUAAAACCAGCUUCGAUAAUAUUCCUUUGUAAUUUAUUUUUGCUCUGUUUUAUAAAAUAAUAUACAAAUUA